GGGUCUCUUGGGCAGGAAGGCUUCUGAGUAUCAGCCCAGCCGCUUUUAAUGCCUGUCACAAAGCGUGGAUUGUAGCCGAGUCGGGCUGGCAGGAAAGGCCGAAAAGAACUGGACGCUGCGGAUAUGGAGAACCCCUCAAAGGCAGUUGACAAAGGCGGAGAAGGAGCAGAGAGCCACCGGCUGCCACGGAGGACUUGGGUGAGAAUGAACAGAGCAGAGGCCUCGAGAGCUUCUCCAGCCAAUUCCCACCCGAAGCACAAAAAGAAAAUAGUUGCUUCUCUGAACGAUGACUGGAAGGAAGGGGAAGUGGAAGAGAAGGAGGACGAAGAAGGAUUCAGUCAGCGGAUUGUUCGAAGAGCUGUGAGGAAGUAUCCCGAAGACGCUGGGGAUCACGCGGAAGCUGGCCACCGGCAAAUCUCCAUUCCCAUGGGCCGAGCGGAGGGCAGCUGCCCUGAAGUGCUGUCCAAAGGGACCCUGGCAGUGAUUGUGGCCGCUUUGGCCUUCUUGGGCUUCUUUUCCACUUCGGUCCUUCUGGUGGUGGCGGUCUGUGUCUUGCGGAUGGCGGAUAAACAAAGGAAAACAGGGAAGGAAGGGAAAAUUGGUUAUCCUCCUUCCAGAAGGACUCUUCCUCCUAUCCCACCCCCUCGCCCAGACCAUACGUACAUGACCAUGAGGACAUCUGGCCCUGGUCACCUCCGUCCAGCCACCCCGCAUGCCCCAGAGGACGGCUACCUGAGUGUCAGCGAGCUGAAUCCCGGUCCCAGGACCCGUCAAAAACUCCACUACCAGAACGUGAGCGCGUCAUCGCCACCCAAGACCCCCAAGGAGAGGGAGUACAUAAUCCCCAAAGGGGCUCAGCCCUUUUCCAGCCCUCCCUCAGCAAAAAAGUAUGAGAAGGUGGAAGAGUCACACCGUACAGCUGUAAUGGGAGGCUCUCCAGAGAUUGGGAUGACACCUCAAGGACACGACAAUCACAUUUACGACGAAGUGGAAUAGGAGACUCGCCUCGGAAAUGGGCUGAUACACCGUAUAUGAACUUUUCUUCGGACUCCUUGGACUGUGAAGUGGCCCCUCUGGUGGGGAACACAGGGACCCCCUUCCUAUUAAACCAUGGUUUAAUUCUUCUUAGUCUGUUGAUUUUGCUGCGUGUGCCAUAGAACCCGUUUCUUGUGAGAAGCUUGGCUUGGAGUGUUCUAGA